AUGUCAGAUUCCCACGAGCUGCCGUUUAACGGCCUCAGCUUCUUCCACAGCCAGUCUCCGUUCCUCUCAAGUGAGCAGCAACAGCAGCAGCAAGAGCAGCAGCAGCAGCAGCAGCAGCACUUUGACAGUCAGCGUGACAUGCUCCUGAGCGAAAGCCCGUCUUUUUCAUACUUAAGAACCCUCUCACAGAGGGCGUGGGACCAGCUGCAGCAGCCGAAGCCGCUGCAGACAGAGGAACGGCAGGAGAACACGCAGCAGCAGCAACUAUCACAGCUGCUGCUGCAAGUGCCUAGGCAGCCCUUGCAGGGUCUCAGCAUGCCUCUGAUAGAGUCAGUGAGCUGCCGCCCCCCUCCUGAGCAAAACUGCCCCCGACCAGAGCCAGUGCAGCCGGAGCAGCAGCAGGAGCAGCAGCAGCUUUUUCAAGAGCAGCAGGCGGCGCAGCACCAGCAGCAAAUGCUACAAGAGCAGGAGAUACUGCAGAAUAUGCAGCAACAAAGCAUGAGAGAGCAACGCAUGCAGCAACAGCAGCUGCAGCAGCAGUGCCUCCAGAGACAGCAACAAUCGCAACAGGCUUUGCAGCAACGGCAGCAGUUGCUGCAGCAAGCUGAGCUGCUGCAGCACCAUCAUGAAAAUGGAGGCGCCAUGUGCUCCUGCUGCUCUCCUUUCCAGCCUGUUCCGACUUCUGAGAGGUAUCGAUUGCAGCUGCAGCACAGACUGCAGGUGCAGCGUAGCUUGAAGGAACAGCUGCAGCAGCAGAACACAGAAGCAAAAACGUGGUUCGGCGCCAACAGCAGCAGCAGCAGCACAAUGCACUGCGGAGACAUAUGGAGGCAAGGGCACUUCCACGAAUCUGCUCCGCCAGUCGAGGUGCAAGAGAGCAAAGUGUCUCAGGUGCUGCAGCAGGUGGUUCUGCAGCAGCAGCCGCAGCAGCACCAUCACCAGCAGCAGCAGCAGCAGCAGCGCCACCAAACGCCUAGGCAUCAACAACAGCAGCAGCACCAUGCUAUGCCUCCAGGAAGCCCGAUAACUCCUCAAGAGAGCAUCCUUGCAUUGUGGCGGGAUUCGAACGCGGAGUGGAGCAGUCCUGUGCAAGAGCAGCAGCGGGAGCUUCAGCAGCAGCAGCAGCAGCAGCAGCAGCAGGCUGCAGGCCCACCUGCAGAUGAAGACUUCGAGUGUGUCUGCGGGGCAGAUGAAACUAAGGAGUGCAUUUGUGUGCAGCUGCGAAUACCCGAGAGGCAGCGCCACCUGCGGGCUCAAGAGGGAAUGAGGGAGCAGCAAAACCGGCUAGAAGAGCAGCACCUCAGGGAACAGCGGGAGCAGCAGCAGCAGCAGCAGCAGCAGGAAAGGCUGCGCCAGCAGCUUGAGGGACUUCAUUCAGAUCUGUGCUCCUUCUUCGGCGCCCCGCUGCUUAAAGGACUCUGGCCAGCAAAUGCUUCCCCCCCCGAAGCGGGGCCCCAAGCGCAGCAGCCCUGCCAGCGGAGGGAAAUGGACGGAAUGCAGCAGCAGCAGCAGCAUCAGCAGGUGCAGCAGCAGCAGUGGGCUAGUGGAGGGAUAGAUCGAUGCCGCUGGGCGCCUACAGCAGCUGCCUGCAACCUUUUGGAGUUGAUCGAGGUCCCGCAGCGGUUUCGCGGAGCUCCUGCGCAACAGCCACUGCAGCCGCUGCAACAGCAACAGCAACAGCAGCAGCAGCAACAACAGCAACAGCAACAGCACGAGCAGCCAGUGCUGCGCCGAGAACGAGAAGAGAGAGUGGGGCAUGAACAGGGAGAUCAGACACUGGAGCACUUGUGGACGCACGCUCACCCAGUGCAUCACAACCAGCAGCUGCAGCAGCAGCAGCAGCAGCAGCAGGCGGUGAGGCAACAUCGGGCAGCUCCGCAGCAGCUCCUGCCCCCCAAAAGGGAGCAGGAGCCCCAAUCUCAGGAGCAGCAACAGCAGCAAGUGCUGCCAGGAUUUGCUGUUCCGCAGCAGCAGCUUAUGCCAGCAAUGGCGGCGUCGGCUCCUCCUGUUUUGCGGAGACAGCAGCAGCAGCAGCAGCAGCCGCCGCAACAGCAGCAGCCGCAAAGGCUCGAGCAGCAGCAGCCACCAGCUCGGCAGCGGCGGCGGGAGCUCCCGCCACACUGGCUGCCGCAGCACCCCCAUUGGCUGCCAGCCUACAAGCCGCAAGUCCCGUGGCCUCUAGAAUAUAAUUAUGAUGAGGACGGGGAGGAAGAAUACCAAGAGGAACAGCAGCAGCAGCAGCAGCAGCAGCAGCAGCAGCAACCGCAGCGGCAGCAGCAGCAGCAGGACGACAUGCACUGGCACGAGCUGGUCGAGCAGUUCAUGCUGCGAGAGCUGGCGCAAGGUGAGCCCGCCGAUCAGCGGCAGGGCCAACAGCCGUUGCAGCAGCAAAUACAGAUGCACCAGCAGCAGCAGCAGCAACAGAUGCAGCAGCAACAGAUGCAGCAGCAGCACAUGCAGCAGCAGCAGAUGCAACAGCAGCAGCAGCAUAUGCAGCAACAGCAGCUGCAGCUGCAGCAGGAAGCAUUCCGCCAACUGCAAAGGCCUGAGCAAGGCCGAGAAGAUGCAUCUCCUCCAGGAAGCCGCUUUCCCGAAUUUAUUGCUGACAAAGCCAGAGUCUGCGGGCCCUUCACCGCGUGUCUUGCUGCACCUCAACAGCCUCACCUGCAGCAGCAGCAGCAGCAGCUGCUGCUGCAAGGCCACCAAAGCGAGGAAGCUCCGCCGCAGCACCCGUCGAGUCAAGCAACGAUUGCAGUUUCUAGGGAUUCUCAGAGCAGCACCGACCAGGGACAGCAGCAGCUGCACGAGCAGAUGCAGCAGGUGCUGCAGCAGCAAGAGGCGCAGCAGAAGCAGCGGCAGCUGCAGCGGAAACUGUGCAUGCGGCUGCAGCGGCAGCAGCAGUAUCGGCUGAAGAUUCUGCUAGAUGCAUGCAUACGCCUCAGAGCCACAAGCCAGCAAAGAGGACUCUGCCGCAGCUGCUGCCUCAAAAGAGUGAGUCUUUUGGGGCUGGUGCAGCAGCUGUGUACUUACUACAAGGUGCAGCGGCGCCUGGUGGCUGGCUGCCUCACCGAGGAGGCAGCAGCAGCACCAGCAGCAGCAGCAGCACCAGCAGCAGCAGCAGCUGGGCCAGGACAUCUGGCAGCCGAACCAGCAGCAGCAGCUGCUGCGCUAUCUCACGAUGCCCACAGGCUCAGGCAGGUGGUUGAAGAGCAGCGCCGGCAGCUCCAGAUGCAGCAAGAACUGCUGCAGAAGCAGCGAAUCAUGAUAGCCCAGAUGGAGCAGCAGCAGCAGCAGCAGCAACAACACCAGCAGCAAGCGCGCCGUGCGCAGAUGGCCGAAAAUCAGCUAGCUGCAGCAAAAUGCGAUAAUUACAACUGCCAGAUGCUGCAGCAUCAGCAUCAUAGCCUGGAGCAGCGCUUGCAUUUGCUGCAGCUGCAGCUUAACAGCAUGCAGCAGCAGCUUCAGCAGCUGCAGAUGCAACCCUGCGGCAGCAGAAUCAAUGCAUCAGUUGUAAACAUGAGCAUUGAACAGCAGCAGCAGCAGCAGCAGGAGCUUCACCAGGUACGGCAAAACCUUGAUGAGCAGUUACACCUGCUGUUCAGGCAGCAGCAGCAGGAGCAGCAGUUUCAAGAAGAGCAGCAUAUGAAGCACUUGCUGAGUGGACAAACACUGCAGCAGCAGCAGCAAAAGAUGCAGGAGGAGAGAGAUACACUUGGCACAGGGCAGCAACUGCUGCGACAAUGUCUUGAAAACUAUAUAGGGCAGCAAAGAGACAAGCCGCAGCAACCGGAGCAGCAGGAACAGCAGCAGCUGCGUCAGCCACAAAGACGAGAACUGCAGGGGUACCAGCAACAGCAGCAGCGGGAAUGGCAGGACCUGCAGCAGCAGCGAGAAAGGCAGAAACCGCAUGAAGAUAACUCAGCGAUGCGGUGCUUAAUGGACCUGCUACAUGGUCCGUGGCCGCAGACGAACAUGCGGGCUGAAACGCAACAGCAGCAGCAGCAGCAGCUGCUGCAGCAGCAACAGCAGCAGCUGCUACAACAGGAGCAGCAACAACAGCAACUGCUACAGCAGGAGCAGCAACGGCAGCAGCUGCUACGGCAGGAGCAGCAACAGCAGCAGCUGCUGGAGCAGGAGCGGCAGCAGCAGUUGCUGCUGCAGCAGGAGCAGCAACGGCAGCAGCUCCUACAGCAGCAGCAGCUGCAGCAGGAGCAGCAACGGCAGCAGCUGCUGCAGCAGCAGCAGCUGCAGCAGGAGCAGCAACGGCAGCAGCUGCUGCAGCAGCAGCAACUGCAGCAGCAGCAACAGCAACAGCAGCGACAACAACAACAGCAGCAGCAACAGCGCCAACUACAGCAGCAACAGCAGCAACAACAACUGCACCAGCAACAGCAGCAACUGCAGGAGCAGCAGCUGCAGCAACAGCAGCUGCAGCAACAGCAGCAACAGCAGCCGCAGCAACAGCAGCCGCAGCAACAGCAGCCGCAGCAACAGCAGCAACAGCAGCCGCAGCAACAGCAGCAACUGCAGGAGCAGGAGCCGCAGCAACUGCAGGAGCAGCAGCAGCAGCAGCAGCAACUGCAGGAGCAGCAGCAGCAGCAGCAACUGCAGGAGCAGCAGCAGCAGCAGCUGCAGCAGCAGCAGCUGCAGCAGCACCAACAACAAUAUCACCAGCGGCAAUCUCGGCGCCACCUGUACCCGACAUGGCUGGAACAGCAAAGGGAAAUACAGCUGCUGAUGCAGCAGCAACAGGCACAGCACCAACUGCCGAGGCAGCAGCCACAAGGUUUGCUGGAGCAGCACCCGCAGCAAUGCAACGGACCUGGGCUGAGAGCUUGCAUGGGGUUGGCACCAGAAGCGCAGCAACAUCGCAGCAAAAACGGAGUGCAUGCAGCAGAAGCUGCUUUAAGAGCUGCUGCUCUUGCAGCUGCCGAUGCCUCAGCAGCUGCUGCUAGACUAGCCAAAAGCUUUGCUGCAGCAGGGCCGGGGCACGACAGUGGAUGUGCUCAGAGCAGCAGCGUGAACAACCAGCGAAGCAGCAGCAGCAGCAAAAGCGGCGUCAGCGAAAACAGCAGCAGCAACCAUCUGCCACCUGCUGCUGCCACUGCAUGCCCCGACAUUGAGGAUUUGUCUGGAGUCAUUUCGCCCCCCUCUGACGAAGAAGUUUUGCAAAAGCGAGGGAGAAGCAGAAGCCGCAAAACUCUGGGCAAGCAGGAGCUGCAGCAACAGCAGCUGCUGCAGCAGCAAGCAGAGGAGUCAGACGACGAGGCGUCCAUAUCUAGCGAGCCCAGCAACGACAGCGACUUUCAAAAGGACAGCUGCGUGCUGCAGCAGAGCAGCAGCAGCAGCAGCAGGCCGCAGCCUGCUGCUGCUGAAGCACAGCAGCGGGAAGGCCGAAAGCCAGGACCAGAAGAAGAUGAAAGUGCACCUUCAAGUUAUGACGCUGAUGGCGACUUUGACUUUUACAAAAUGCCUCUUUCUGAAGACGAAAAUGGAGAGAAAAAGAAAAAAGCAGCAGCAGAGCAGCAGCAGCAGGAAGAGCAGCAGCAGCAGGAAGAGCAGCAGCAGCACCAAGAGCUGCAGCAGCAGCAAGAGCAGCAGCAGCAGCAAGAAGAAGAACAGCCUGAGUCACCUCUGCAUCAGCACGAAGAGGGAGACAGCGAUACCUCCAGCCACGAUGCUGAUGGAGAUUUCGACUUCAACCAAAUAAGCCGCCGCGAUUAUACUGAUGAAUCCGAUCAGGAGGAGCAGCAAGAGCAGCAGCAGCAGCAGCAGCAGCAGCAGCAGGAGCAGCAAGAGCAGGAGCCGCAGACGCCGGGGCAAGAGCAGCUGGCGGACAUAGAGCGAAGAAUCCAACAGGAGCAGCAAGAGCUGCUGCGGGAAGAAGAACUGCUGCAGCGAGAAGAGCUGCUGCAUCAAGAAGAGCUGCUGCGGCACCAAGAGCUGCUGCAUCAAGGAGAGCUGAUGCGGCACGAAGAGCUGCUGCGGCAAGAAGAGCUGCUGCAUCAAGAAGAGCUGCUGCAGCAAGAAGAGCUGCUGCAGCAAGAAGAAGAAAGCGAAGCCUCGACUCAAGAGGAUGAUGAAGACCUAAACUCAAAUACAAGCAGCGAAGAGUCGGACUCUGAUGAAGAGGAAGAGGAUGAGGAAGAAGAUGAGGAAGAAGAUGAGGAAGAUGAGGAAGAUGAGGAAGAGGAGGAAGAAGAGGGAGAGGAGGAGGAGGAGGAGGAGGAGGAGGAGGAAGAGCAGCAAGAGCUGCAGCAGCAGCCGCAGGAUGAGCAGCAGCAGCAGCCGCAGCCGCAGCCGCAGGAUGAGCAGCAGCAGCAGCAGCGAGGGAGUCCAAUGACAGUUGAGCAGCAGCGUCAGUGGCAAGCUGUGAUGGAGUCGCAGCAGCAGCGCCACCGCUACUGCUGCCUGCGGCAGCGGCAAGAAGCAAAUCUGCUGCUGCUGCGGCAGCACCGGCAAGGAAUACUGCAGCACACAAGUCUGCUGCCGCUGCGCGGAGCGCCCGCAAAUGGCCAAGUGCUGCAGGGCAAAGAGCUGCUGGAGCAGCAGAUGAGGCAGCUGCAGCAAACGGAGCGCUACCGGCGGCGGGUGGAGCAGCGGGAGCGGCUGCAGCAGCUGCAGCGCGAACAAAGAAGCAACACAGCUAGCUCUGAUAGGCCAGACCCCCCAACUCGCCGUAGGCCGCCGCUGCAAACCAGGGGCCCCAACGACCAGCAACAGCCACGCCAUCCAACGCAAGACUAG